AUGUCAAACGCGUCUCAAUUUGAAAUUAAUAAUAAAGAAUUCACUAAAUCAUUUACUCAAGGCUCAUUACCAUUACCACCUUCUAAAAAAGUUGCUGUUUUAACUUGUAUGGAUGCAAGAUUAGAUCCGGCUAAAGUAUUGGGUAUUGAAAUUGGUGAAGCUCAUGUUAUCAGAAACGCAGGAGGUCGUUCAAUUGAUGGUCUUAGAUCUUUAAUAAUUUCUCAAAGACUAUUAGGAACUAGAGAAAUUGUACUUAUUCACCAUACUGAUUGUGGAAUGUUGACAUUUAAAGACGAUGAUUUAAGAAAUCAAUUGGUUAAAGAAACUGGUGAAUUAGUUGAUCAUUGGAGUUUUUUACCAUUUGAUGAUUUAAAGAAAAGUGUUAUUGAUGAUUUGGAAUUCUUGAAAAAGCAUCCAUUGAUUCUAGAUGUGCCAAUUACUGGUUAUGUUUAUCAUGUUGAAGAUGGUAGUAUUGAGAAAGUUUAUUGA